AUGGCUAUGUUCAGCCAGAACCCCGUCCUGAACGGGCCCAACUACUCGUUCGCCGAUGUCCCCGUCCAAGACCACGUCGAUGGCUUCAGAGAACACCGCUUCAACCCAUACACCGACAACGGCGGUUCGACGCUCGCCAUUGCUGGCAAAGACUUCGCCAUCAUGGCCGGCGACACCCGUCUGACCGCCGGCUACAGCAUCAACACCCGCUUCUCUCCCAAGGUCUUCAAGAUUGGCGGCUCUACAUCGACGCAGGACGACGCAAACAUCCUGCUCUCCGUCGUCGGGUUCGCCGCCGAUGGCGAGGCUCUCAAGGAGCGCCUCGACUCUAUCUGCAAGAUGUACCGCUACCGCCACAACAAGCCCAUGUCCGUCUCGGCCUGCGCCAAGCGCCUGAGCACCAUCAUGUACCAGCGCCGCUUCUUCCCCUACUACGUCUAUGCCAUCCUCGGCGGCCUGGAUGAGGACGGCGCCGGCGCCGUCUACAGUUACGAUCCCGUUGGCAGCUACGAGCGGGAACAGUGCCGCGCCGGUGGUGCCGCGGCCAGCUUGAUCAUGCCCUUCCUGGACAACCAGGUCAACUUCAAGAAUCAGUACAUCCCCGGCAGUGGAGUCGGCCACGCCCUACAGGAGCGCGAGCGCCAACCCUUGCCCCGCGACGAGGUCGAGGUCUUGGUAAAGGAUGCCUUCGACUCGGCAGUGGAGAGACACAUCGAGGUGGGAGAUGGUCUGCAGAUGAUGAUUAUCACGCAAAACGGUAUCGAGGAGAAGAUCUUGCCGCUGAAGAAGGAUUAA